UGUGUCACUGACCUGGCAGUUGUGAGGUGUCAGGCGGUUCAGCAUCUGUCGCUUUGUCAUCACUGGAGCAGGAGUGGACAGCAGGACACCCGGCAGUCAGGAAUGGAGUCGGUGACCUUUGAGGACGUGGCUGUGAACUUCACCCUGGAGGAGUGGAGUUUGCUGAAUCCUUCCCAGGAGAAUCUGUAUAGAUCUGUGAUGCGGGAAACCAUCAGGAACCUGCAUGCUGUAGGACAAAAAUGGAGAGACCAGAACUUUGAAAAGGAGGACCAAAAUCUUGGAAGAUAUCUAAGAAAUCAAGCAGUAGAUAGGCUCUGUGAACAUGAAGAAGACUAUCAAUGGGGAGAAGCCUUCAGCCAGACUCAUGAGAUUGUGAACAAGGGAACUCCUGGAGCAGUACCAUGUGAAAGGCAUGUGUGUGGAGAAGUCCUCGAUGGUCACUCUCCUGGAAAUGUGCCCUGCAGGGAUCACAAUAUACACAAACCAUAUGAGUACCCAGGAUAUGGAGAGAAGCCACAUAUAUGUAAAGAACGUGGGGAAACUUUCCGUUCUCCCCAGUGCCUUGAUAAGUAUGAAAGGACUCGCACUGAAGAGAAACCCUAUGAAUGUAAGCAAUGUGAUAAAGCUUUCAGAUAUCUCAGCUCUCUUCAAAAUCAUAAAAGGAUUCACACUAGCGAUAAACACCAUGAAUGUAAACAAUGCGGGAAAACCUUCAAAAGACACAGUAAUGUUCAGGUCCAUGAAAGAAGUCACACUGGAGAGAAACCCUAUGUGUGUAAGCUAUGUGGGAAAGCCUUCACUUCUUAUACUUCCCUUCGAACACAUGAAAGAAGUCACACAGGAGAGAAACCAUAUUUAUGUAAGCUGUGUGGGAAAGCCUUCACUCAAUCCAGUGAUCUUCAAGUACAUACAAGAAGUCACACUGGAGAAAAACCCCAUGUAUGUAAUUUGUGUGGGAAAGCCUUUCCUGAUUCCAGUCACCUUCAAGUACAUAGAAGAAGUCACACAGGAGAGAAACCAUAUUCAUGUAAGCAGUGUGGCAAAGCCUUCACUCAGUCUAGUAACCUUCAUAUACAUAAAAGAAUUCAUACUGGAGAAAAACCCUACACAUGUAAGCAGUGCGGGAAAGCCUUCACUUGUUCAAGUCACCUUCAAAUACAUAAAAGAACUCACACUGGAGAAAAGCCCUAUUUAUGUAAGAAAUGUGGGAAAGCCUUCACUCAAUCCAGUGAUCUUCAAAUACAUACAAGAAGUCACACUGGAGAAAAACCCUAUGUAUGCACUCAGUGUGGGAAAGCCUUUCCUGAUUCCAGUCACCUCCAAAUACAUAGAAGAAGUCACACAGGAGAGAAACCAUAUUCAUGUAAGCAGUGUGGUAAAGCCUUCACUCAGUCUAGUUACCUUCGUAUACAUAAAAGAAUUCAUACUGGAGAAAAACCCUACACAUGUAAGCAAUGCGGGAAAGCCUUCACUCGUUCAAGUCACCUUCAAAUACAUAAAAGAACUCACACUGGAGAAAAUCCCUAUUUAUGUAAGCAAUGUGGGAAAGCCUUCACUCAAUCCAAUUCCCUUCAGAUACAUAAAAGAAUUCACACUGGAGAGAAGCCUUAUGUGUGUCAGCAGUGUGGGAAAGCCUUUGCUCGCUCCAGUUCCCUUCACAUACAUGAGAGAACUCACAAAGGAGAGAAGCCUUAUGUAUGUAAGCAGUGUGGGAAAGCCUUCACAUGGUCCAGUUCCCUUCGAAGACAUGAAGUAGUUCACACAGGAGAAAAACCCUAUGUGUGUAAGCAAUGUGGGAAAGCCUUCAGUCGUUACAGCAGCAUUCACAAACAUGAAAAGACUCACACUGAAAAGAAACCCUGUUAAUGCGAUGAAUGUCAGGAAACUGUCAGGUGUCGCAAUUACUUUUGAGUCCAUGAAACAACUCACACGAGAUAAAUCCUGCCUGUGUAAGCAAUGUCGGAAGCCUUUGUUGACUCCUGUUCUCUUUGAUACAAUAAGGGAUUCUCAGUGGAGAGAAACGCUGUGGAUGCAAAUUUGGGAAAGUCCUUGAUAAUGCCGGUUCCUUUCACACAUGCAAAGAGUCACACUGGAGAGAAACUCUUAAGUAUAGAAUGCAAGAAGGCUUCAUUAUUAUGUGACCUUCUUAGCACUGUAAUAUUCACAGUAAAAAGCACUUAGGAAUACCUCAGGUCAUCUAAGUUCAAUUCACAGAUAUAAAAGCACAGAGUGUGAAAAGACACCUCUCAAUAGAUGUGUAAGUUUUCACUUGGCCUCCUUGGAAGAAGA